AUGAGUAGGGGCGGCGGGGGGCGAUGGGGCUCGGUGUCGGUGGAGUUGGUGAUGGCGGAGUGCGCGGGCUGCCAUGGUGUUUGCGGCUUCUGGAAAAGGGUAGAGGGCCCCGAGGAGCGGCGGCUGCUGGAGCUCUUCUCCUAUGGGCUGAUGGCGCUGGGUGCUGGCUCUGCCCUGCUGCUCUGUUUCAUCCCUAUGCCCUACGGCCGGUACUCCACGCGGCGCUUCGGCUCGCUGCUGCCCGCCCGCGUUGCCUGGGCGCUGCAGGAGCUGCCCUCCCUCCUCGUCCCGAUCGGGCUCGCCGCCUGCGGUGGGGAGGCCAUCGCCGCCCCGGCUAACCGUGUCCUGCUGGGCUGCUUCGUCCUCCACUACGCGCACAGGGCACUCAUAUUUCCUUUUCUGAUCCGUGAAGGAAAACCAACACCAUUUGUCACUUUUGUGUUAGCACUUCUGUUCUGUGUUUUCAAUGGAUACUUGCAGGGCCGAAGCUUAAGCAACUAUGCAACUUACCCUCCGGGCUGGUUGAAAGAUCCACGCUUCAUUACAGGUUUUAUAGGGUGGUUGCUUGGCAUGGCAAUUAAUAUUCAUUCUGAUCAUAUUCUCAGAAAUCUGAGAAAACCAGGGGAAACUGGUUACAAGAUACCAAGAGGAGGAAUGUUUGAGUAUGUCAGUGGAGCCAACUUUUUUGGAGAGAUCCUGGAGUGGUUUGGGUUUGCCCUUGCCUGUGACACCACUGAAAGCCUUGCAUUUGCAUUGUGUACUCUUUUCAUCUUGGGUUCAAGGGCAAGGCAACACCAUCAAUGGUACCUUGAGAAAUUUGAAGACUACCCAAAGGACAGAAAAAUUGUGAUACCAUUUUUGUACUGAGCUGUGCUUUUAACACUGUCUGAGAUGGAUGCUUUUAGUAACAGCUAACAUUUUACAGGUGGUGGCAAGUUAAAAACAUACUGUCAUCCUCA